AUGCCGACCAUUAACUGUCAAUUUCAUCCGACCAAGAGCCUUUUCACCACAGCUCUGAAUGGAAGCGAAAUGCAUUUCUCGUUCAAAGUCAUGGCCGGGGGUCAAGAUUCAGUCACGUGGCUGAUCCACUUCUUUGGUCCUCCAAGCUUGUUUCUGGCUAAAAAGAGCCGGCAGCGAAGUAAAACAACCAACCGUGAGACUUCAAGGAGACAUUCUGGUCAAAAAGAGAAAGGUAUAAAUAAGAUGGGCGGAUUCCAUGAGAAUGAGAGCGCCGAGUCGCAUCUGGCACAGGCAUUUCAAGACAUAGCUAAAGGCGAGCAGACAGCGCAAGCUAUUGAGAACCAUCUUACGCGCAUAGAGCAGGAGAUAGAUCGUCUCCUUGGAUCUGUUGAAACGGAAAAGGAAGACGGAGACGAACUAGCCAAAGAUGACGACAAGGAGAAGCAUGAGAAGAAGCAAGAAGAGAAUGGGUCUGACGAGCAACAGAAGGGGGAUAAACAAUGA